AUGCAGUCAAUAACUUUUUCUGCUCAAACUCCAAUAGUUUAUAUUCCGGAUUUGCCAACUCGCUUCUCAGAAGAUGAUUUAAAAGAAGUGAUCAAGAAACGGUUAAGUGUCAGUGCAAAUAUGGAAGUCGUUGAGGUGAUCUGUUAUCCAAAACUGGGCAUAGGAAUGAUACAAACGGAGAAUAGUCAAGACAAAGAAAAGUUAAUCGCCGACAUACAAUCGUUAGCUCUCGGCAAAAAAUACAACGUAAGUAUAUCGUUUGUCGAUAAACUCGAACUCGAUUCUUACGUAGUAUUUGAUGAAAAUAUCUCGAGUAUUCCAAAGACUGAUGAAGCGGCCCAACAAUUCAAAAAAUCCUAUAAGACACAAGCAGCUCCUGAAUGCAAGCCAAUCGCCGCACCAUUUCCAAACAUAUUUCACAUUGUUUUGGAAACACCCGAUGAGUUAGUUAAAGUUGCAAACUCACCAGAAUUUACUACCAAAAAUGGUAUUUCGGCCGUAGUCUAUCCCAACGCCGAAUGUUGUUUUUUCGAAGAUUUACCAUCGAAUGUCAAUAGCGACAAACUUGCAUCGGCCGUAGCCUCUCAAACUGGGGUCAAUGUUCUCCCACCCACAUCAUUCCAUGUCCAAUAUUGUCAGUCAAGUAACUCAGCUGUUGUUAUAGCAGUCAAAUCUGAAAGUAAAUGGAUAGCAGAUAAGUAUUUAAACAUUAACGGACAAAAUCUGCCGAAAAAGAAAGAUUUUACCUAUCGUGUUCUUGUCUCACCCGUUCCGCGUGAUAUAGAUGUCAAUUUAAUUUUGAAUCACAGAAUGUUCACAAAUCACGUUGUUCGUCAUCAGCACAUUAACGAUCAUCUUGUCAUUGAACUUGACAAUAUCGAUGUGUAUAAAGAAUGUAUAGAGAAUGCCGCGAUUGGUAUUGGUGGUAAACCUAUGAACAUUUCACCGUAUACUUCGGCGAGCGUUUCGAAUUCGAAUGAACUUGAUGCAACGAAUUGGUACGAGACAGUUAUGGUCAAUAUGAAACCGGAUAUUAUGUUAUAUGUCUUUGAUUAUAAGCAUGCCAUAUUUAAUCUACCAUGGAAUGAAGAAAGUUGGUUAGAGCAAAUGGGGAAGAUUGAAGGAAAAGAAAGACGCUCAAAAACUUACGAUCAUCAACGGCAUUUAUUACGCGUGACAGUAAUGUUGAAUACGAUCGGUGUGGUUCGGAAGAAAAAAUACGUUGUGGGUGGUGAAGAAAUUUCAUUAAAAUCAGAACGUUUACAAACAAUCAGGUAUGAUUAUAAAUCAAAGAUAGCGUAUGGAAGACAGAUUCUUGAAUCGGAGUUUAAAACACCGUAUUCGUCGACCACUGUUCGAGUCGUUAAUGAAGAUUGCCUUGUUCUUUACCAAAGACUAGUAUCAGAAGGAUGUCGUCCACUACUAUUAAACAUGGCCAACGCGAAAACUCCUGGUGGUGGUUAUCGCAAAGGUGAUGGAGCACAGGAAGAGAAUAUUUUCCGUCGUUCCGAUUAUUAUCAGAGUCUUGAUCUUGAGGUUGCUGACAGAGAACGAUAUGAACGACUUUAUCAAUCAUCGAAAGGCGACAUAAAACGUGCAAAAGAUCAAGAUGCUCUCUAUCCCAUGAAAGAAUUUGAAGCAAUUUAUACAUCGGGUAUAACCGUGUUUCGUGGAACCGAAGAGAACGGAUAUGCUUUUCUGAAGAAACCUCUAUAUGAUGUCUGUGCUAUUGCUAUGGCUGCAUAUCGUGAUCCACCACUAACCGAUAAAAAUAUGUUACAAGACAGAUCCGCUAUCAAUACAUUGAAAAAGAUUGAAAACGUUUUUACUAUUGCUCAUCAGCAUAAUCAUGAUUGUUUAGUACUUUCAGCACUUGGAUGUGGUGCUUUUAAGAAUCCGCCGGAGCAUGUCGCUUUACUUUUCAAAUCAAUUAUUCGUCAAUAUGCUGGAUAUUUCAAAACGAUCUAUUUUGCCAUCCUUGACGAUCAUAAUACAGGAAAUAGUCUAAAUCCUCAAGGCAACUUGUUACCAUUUCAAGAAGUCUUUAACAAGUUUGAUGCUGUAUAUCCGCCGAAAUCAUUGCGUGUGAAUUCAGCCAGUGGACCAUAUCGAAUUCUAAACAAAUCCUCAGACGGAAAAGUAACUUUAAGCGACGUAUGUAUUUUACAUCUCCCACCAUGUGAAAAUGGAUCGAAGUGCGCUGAAUUGAAUGAUGCUGGUCAUAAGGCCAAGUUCUCUCACCCGCCAGUGUGUCCUCUACUCGAAGAAGGAACAGCAUGCACGGAGAAUAAUGACGAAGUACAUAUGUUCACCUUUCUGCACAAUUCCAAGUGCAAAUAUGGUGGACAAUGUACUAAUACAGAUGCAAAGCACCUGAGUGAUUAUGAACAUCCAGACUAUUGUCCAAAUCAUUUGCAUUGUCAUGAAAAGUCAUCUGAACAUUUAAUUGCUUAUCGACAUCUACCCGUCUGCAGAGACGGGGAGACUUGUCUCAAAUACCUGAACAGCGAUGUCGAACAUUGCAAAAGUUAUCGGCAUUGCAAAUUAAUUUGCUCCGAUGAUAACACUUGUGUUCGCUUCCAUGAUCAACAACAUAUGGAAAAUACUACUCAUACAUUUCGACCACCAUGCCCAUUUACACCAUAUCAUUGUUCUCGUAUGGUCAAAUAUGUACAACAUGCUGAUGGGCAGCCUGUGAGUGAAGACGUUGAAAGACAUUGUCUUACAUUCAGUCAUGUAUGUCCGUAUGGUUGUCGGUGUACAGCGAAUGAUAAAAAGCAUUAUUUAACAUAUAUUCACAUUGCAAGGCAUAUCUGUGCAGAUGGAGAACUAUGUAUGAAAAUGAAGCAUGAACAUCAUUUGGAAUCAUAUUCUCAUCCUGGUGUAAAAGAUAUUCGUUUGCUUUGUAAAAAUCCAGGUCAUAAAUGUCAUGAUCGUUUAAAAAGUGACCAUUUGAAGAAAUAUCGACAUGGAGAAAAUCAUAAUCAUCUCAGUGUUGCUCCAUGCAGUAACUUCAAUUCAUCAAUCAAUUUUCCUCGUAAUCAAGGUGAGAUGAUCCGAGCCAUCAACACUUAUAUUCAAACAGAAGGAUGGAAAGAAACAAAGAUUUCUCCGGAAAUAAUCAAUUGGAUACAAGCAUUGCAACCUGUACAUCGAUGCAAUAAAUUUAUCUUCGAAUCAAUUCUUGUUCAUGGACAUGUUAUGAGUCGUCAUUAUAUGGAACUGUUAAAAAGACCACAGUAUGUAGUUCAGGCUGUUUUGCAACAUAGCCGUAUUCGUCGAAUUUUUCUCGAACACAAUACUCCUGAAGUGAAACAUAAUGUCUCUGAAUUAGUUAAAAUCUUAGUUCAUGCUGAAUUUGGUAAAACAGGAGCAGACGGCAUGUCACCUGCUGAACCAGAUCAUGAUUCUAAAGUACUCAAAUUCGAAAAAAAAUUAAAGCCACCACUCACGGAUUCUGAUAUUAAGGCUAUACAUAACUGCACGAUAGAAAUUGCUCAAGCAUCAAUUAAAUUAACUUCCAGUCCAAUGGGAAUUGGAUUUGAUGUUGAUAAAAAAUUAGGAACUGACCAUCACAUAUUCAGCAUUUUAGGACCACAUCAUGGAUUUUAUUAUGGUGAUAUUGUCAUUACAUUUAAACAAGAAAUUAUGUUUCAUCCAGAUGCAAACUUUACUGUUCAAGCUGGAACAAGUUUUCCUAGUGGAAGAAUCUACCAGCAACGUCCAUGGAAAGCUGAUCCAGGCGGUGACGACAAACGUGUUAGAGAUUUUCAUUAUGGAAAAUUACAUUGUUCUGUUCCACGUUAUGAAUAUGCGGCAGCUGCUGAACUUGUUGCUGUAACUGGUCUAAAGAAACAAUCAAUGGGCAUCAGUCUCGAUGCUGUUAUUCACAAUUGGAAAACUUUAGACUCGCAUUUUGUUUUCGAAAGUCAUCUGCCACAAU